AGGCGGCUGCGGGCUACAGACGGUACCCCUUGGAGCUCCGACUAGACCUGUCUACUCCUGUGACAGUGUGAGUCGCCCAAGAUGAAGGUCGCUCUCCUUUUCUUCGCCGCUCUGGCCUCUACGGCCCUGGCAGCUCCAUCAAUUUUGGCUGGUUCCUGUGCCACUCACUGCUCAGCUCAACUGGCAUUUGCUUAUGAACCAGGUAAGAGUUAUGUGUACGACUACUCUGUCUUGACUACAUCUGCACUCAUCGGAGUCGCUGGUGAUGACGCCGUCAUGAAGAUCACAGCGGUUGCCCACAUGGACGUCUCUGCGCCCUGCGAACACAUUCUGAGGCUGACUGAUGUCAACUUAGAAGGUGAUGCAGAUCUUGCUGGGAAGCUUUCUGAGGCUUUGACUAUGAAUCCUCUGAAAUUCUCCUUCCAAGAUGGUAUGAUUGAGAACAUCUGCAGCGUCGUUUCUGAGCCAACAUGGGUACUUAACUUCAAGAGAGGUCUUCUAUCCACUUUCCAGAACACCAUGACUGCCCAUGGAGGCGAGUUCCUUCAAGAAAAAGACGUGUCUGGCGUUUGCGAAACAGAGUACAAAUCUGUAACUGAAGGAGACGUUGUCAACGUAGAGAGGAUCACACACAUGAACACUUGCAGCGAAAGGCCCGACUUCUCAACAUUUAUUAGCUCUUCUAGUUACAUCACUGAUUCACCAGUUCAGAACCUUCCUUUCAUGAAGACAACUAAUAUUUGCCACCAAAAGAUAGAGAAGGACAUCAUGAUUAACGCUGAAUGUGAGGAAAUCUACAAGGCUAGGCCUUUUGGAGAAGGACAAGAAGUGGCAAAAACCACAGUCAAGACAUCAUUGGUUUUGAAGUCACAAGAAGCUUUGGGAGGAGUAUCAGAUUUUGAGUUCUACCGUAAGUCACUUGUAUAUGAGGAUAUCUUUGAACCAGUUGUAGAAGAUCCUCAACAUGUCCACAAGCUCCUCAGUGAUCUUGCUAUGGAAUCAGCCUCUGACGUUCACAGCAACACCCCUGCUCUCUUUGCUGACCUAGUAGAUCAUCUUAAAAAUAUGGACUAUCCUCAGUUAACUGAAAUUUUAGCCAGUGCCACUGCUCCUCUCACCCAUAAGUUUAUGGUUGAUGCACUACCCUUAGUAGGAACAGCACCUUCUAUGGCCGUUGUCAGAGACCUAAUUAUCAAAGGUGAAAUGAGUGAAAUUGAGAGAGAUAUCUGGUUUACUUCCUUGGCAUUCCAGAAACAUCCAACUGCUGAAAUGCUGAAGUCUAUUGCUCCACUUAUUGAGACCAACCCUAGCCAGAAAGCCCUCCUUGGAACAUCAGCCCUCAUCAACAACUAUUGCAAAUGGCAUAAAACUUGUGAUGCAGAACCUGAAGUUCGACAUAUUGUAACAUUUAUUGAGAAGCAGCUUGGUGCAGGAUGCAGAUUUACAAAUGAAGAUGAGAAAGAACAUGUUCUUGUAGCUUUGAAAGCUUUAGGUAAUGCUGGGCAUUGGGUAAAUGCAAAAUCCAUUUUGGAAACCUGCUACUUAGAAGAAAAUGACAUGGAAGUCCGUAUUGCUGCUUUAGAUGCUUGGAGACACACCCCUUGUGAAUAUGAUCGAUCCAAUCUUUUGACUGUCUUCAAAGAUGAAUCAUAUGAUCCAGAGCUACGUAUUGGUGCUUACCUCGCCCUUAUGUCCUGUCCAACCCCAUCAUUCAUUGAUAUUGUGAAGGAAAGGCUUAUCUCAGAAGGUGUCAACCAAGUGGGAUCCUUUGUUUGGACUCAUAUGACUAACUUGCAAGAAUCAGCUGCUCCUGAAAAACAAUGGAUGCAUGAGAUGAUUGGAGAAGAACUUCUGCAAAAGAAAUUCAACUCAGAUGCUUUGCGAUUCUCCAGAAACUAUGAAUCAUCCUUUUUCAUGAAUGAGCUUAACAUUGGUGCCUCAGUAGAGAGCAAUGUUGUUUUCAACAGCAAAUCUUACCUUCCACGGUCAGCUAUGCUUAACCUCACACUUGACAUUUUUGGAGAAUCUAUCAACUUCUUUGAAAUCGGUGGCAGGAUUGAUGGAUUUGAAGCAUACAUCGAACGUUUCUUUGGAUCUAAUGGAUACUUCCCUGAGGAGCAUGUUGAACAAGCUUUAAGGAACAUGAGAGCAAACUCAAAUGCGGAUUCAACUACAUUAGAAGGAUUCUUGGACAAAAUAUCUGAUGAGCCCGAGGGGUCUUAUUACUUACGUGUCUUUGGUAACGAACUUCAUUACCAUCACUUCCAUGGAUUGGAAAACUUCUUCAUGAAAUCAUCACAUGUAUCACAUCCUAUGGAUUUAUUGAUGGACAUUGUUCGACAAGGAAAGGUUGAGUACACCAAAUCAAUCCAGUUAAUAGACACCCACAUCAAUAUUCCAACCAUUUCUGGUUUGCCAUUAAUGCUAGAUUCAAAAGUAACUGGUAACUUUGGACUCGAAAUGACAAACAACUUCCAUGCAGAAAGUUUCACAAAUUUCAAUGUAGAAGGUCACUUGCACCCUUCAGUUGCAGUAGAAUUUGAUGGCAACAUUAUUCUUGAUGCACAUGUAACAAAGACUGGUGUAAAAGUUUCCUCUACACUCCAUACAUCCACAUUCCUAGAUGGAAAAGUUCAAAUUGUAGAUGGAAAAGUAGUUGACAUUGCAAUUAAUUCACCUAAGGAAAAAGUAGAAAUUCUUGAUGUUAAAGGUGAGUUCAUCUACGUCAUUAACAAUGAACAAAUGAAAAAAGAAGUUGGCAAGAAAACACAAUUGGAACACUGCACCCCUGAUAUCCUUGGCAUGGAACUUUGUGGUUCAUUAUCAUUAAUGGCCUCACCAAUGGGUCCUUUCGCAGCUGACAUCUAUCUUAAAAAGACUGGUACUCAGACAGGAUAUAUAAUGCAUUUCAAACGAGAUAGUGAUACCUUUGAAGUUCUCUUUGAUACUCCUGGGUCACAAACAGACCAUAAAGUAUCCUUAACUUUAGCAAUGGCAGAAAAUUCAAUCUCUGUUGAUAUUCAUACACCAAUAAAGUCAGGAAAAGGUAACUUGGAUUACAUAUGGACGAACCUAAACAAAAAGCUAAAAUGCGCUGUAUCUUUUGACGAUGGCGCAAAUUAUGCAAUUGAAACCAGUCUGUUAAAAAAUGUUGAAGAUGCCACUAUUUUUGAACCAUCAGUGAUUGUAAUCACUCCACUCGGCGAAAUUUUGAACAUCAAAGGAAUUCUCAAAACAAAACUGGAUUAUUACCACACAAUGAUAUCUACAAAGCUGGAUACUGUAUAUGCUUGGAAUGGACAGAACACACUUCAUUUUGAAGUUGAAGCCAUUAAACAGCUAACUGAUACAAUGAGCACAUAUACACUUCAUGGGGCUAUAGAUCCAUCCCAGUUUGCAGAUUUCAGAGCUUCAGUGGACAUGACUUUCACAGAGGUAGAACAUCAACAGUACAAGGCUCAGGUUAAGGCUGUUAUAAAAGAAGAAGCUUAUAUACUUGAGGGCAAAUUAGAAAACAAUUCUGUGAAAGGAAAAUUCAAUGUUGUUGCCGAUGGAUCUUUAAUGGCACCAGCUAUUGACGUAAAGGGCACCCUUGGGUUGUAUGCAGAUUCAGAGAAGGCUACAUCAGAAAUCCACACCACUGUAAAUGGACAAAACUAUGAUGUCAAAUUUGAGGGAACAAAAACUUCUGCACUUUUCGAGGCCAACGUUAUGCGACACAUCCUCGUUAAUGCUCAAAUUUCUCAGACUCCAGAUGUACAAAAAUUACACAUUACUGGUGAAUGGAACAAGGACGUUGACCCAACAGCAAUGUUCUUAAUAGAAGGACAGCUCUCACAAAACGAAAUCAUGGCACAUGUCAAAUUUGUUGACCAAGAGGCAACAGUUAAGAGCACUUUAGUAGACAGCGGUGUUGAACUUGAAGCCACAUGGAACGGCAAAACUGUAACUACUCUUGUGAAGUACACUAUGGGUGAAACUAAAUCUGUUUCAGUUUUAGUGCAGACACCCUUUGCAGGAUUUGAAAAACAAGAAGCCUCUUUCUCAGUGACACUAAAGGACUUGGAAAUUACUUCUCAGUUGACAGCUUCCUGGCAAAAUUCAAAGCAGUUGGCUCUGAGCGUCGCUGGUAAGAUUCAAACAGGUGCACCCAAGAGUGCCUUGCACACUGAAGUAGCUUUCAGCAGCAGUUUCCCUAAUUUCGAACACAUAAGCUUCAAAGUUGACCAUGAAAUUAAUGAAAACUCCCUUAAGACUGAUUUUCUUGCCUCCUGGGAUUCUUGGAAGCUCAUAUCUGCAUUCCAGUUUGUUUUCAGCGGAGAUGGUGUACAGUCCUCAUUUUCAUUAGAGACUCCCUUCACAGACAAGAUACUUCUUAACCUGAACCAUGUUCUGAGCAAUAAUGACCUUACAUCCACCCUUGAGGUUAAAUUUGGCGAUAAAGUAGCUACAGCAAAUCUUAAAGGAGUGGUGGUUCUUGGAAGUGAACAAGAUGUCACCCUAGCCCUGAAAAUGAACAUUCCCUCACUGCCUGAGAUUACUGCCACUGUUAAUUACCAUUUCAACUGGUCUAAGCUUAGUCUUGUUUUUGAGGGUAUCAUGGGUGAUAAGAAGUCAAUGCUUAAUGUGAAUGGAGAAUUAGAAAUGGCUGACACUACAAAACUUAUUGGAGAUCUUCGAUUCAUCACACCCUUCACCGAGCCUAUCACAGGUAUUCUUGAACAUACAAUUAACCCUGAAGAAUUUCAGACUAAAUUUGAGUUUACAAGAUUCUGGUCAAACUAUGGCAAUCUGAAGCUUCAUGCUCACGGUCAUAUGAAAUCUGCAGAAGAUAUUGUCCUUUCAGUAGACCUCUUUACACCAUUGAAUAAAGCUUCCAUCUCAGUCAAUCAUAAAGUGACCGACACCAACAUGAUCUCCACCUUGGAUGCCCAUUUCAAUGCUGAAAAAAUUACUAUCUAUGUUAAUGGACUACUUGAUGUCUCUAAAAGUCUUGCAAAUUUAGAGGCAGCCAUCACUUCCACCUUGUGGGGCCUGGAUGACCUGAAGGUUACUAUUGACAGCCUGAAAAAUGGAAAUGAGCGAGUUACUAAGUUCAUUUUCACCAAAUAUGAAAAGUCUCUCACAAUUGACCAUACCAUUUCUGCUACAGAUAUUUUCAACUGGGAGAACACACUAACUGUCAAUGGACUUUACAAGCUUAAGAAUGUCAAUUCAUAUUCAGGAACACUUUCCAAACAUGAUAUGGAGUUUAUGUGGAAUGACAAAUCUCUUCAUCUAGCCACAACUUUUGAUAAUCAGAGCAGUGGAAAUUCACAUAAAUUUGAUGCUACAGUUGCACUGGAAACUCCAUGGAUUGAUGUUAUUAAAGCAGAAUUUCAUCAUGAAGACAACGGCAUUGAAUAUAAACCAACAUUUGUCAUAGAAUAUGCACCUGGACGCAAAAUUGAAUUGGAAAACUUCAUUGUUUUUGACAGUGUCUUUUCAUGUGGAUCCAUCUUGAAAACGCCAUUCAUGGAAAACCUGGGUUACAAGUUCAAAUUGGAUUAUUCAUCGCCAAGAAAGGUUCUCCAUCUUAACCUGAAGUAUGGUGAAAGACAUAUCACUUUUGAUGCUGCAGGUAAAUUCCAAAUGGAAAAAAUGAAUAGCAGACUAGAAAUCCAAUCCACUUUCCUCAGCUCUCUAGUUACUGCUGAAGCUUCUUAUGAUUUCACCACACCUGAGAAAAAGAUCCAUCUACUAGCCACAUAUAUCAAAAAGUUUGAAAUUACAGGACUGCUUUCUGGGUCCAUUAAUAAAGGAAACUGGUCUUUGAUAGCUGAGAUCCCAGUGGAUGCUGUACAACAUAUUGAACUGACUGGUAAAUGGGCUUACAGUGGUGACAAAGCCAGCAUUGAGGUUCACUCUUCUGUUACUUCAUUUGAAAACAUGGCUUUUGAAAUUAAGUUUGAUGUAAAUAAGAAAGAGGUAGAUGUGACAAUGGCAUAUGGCUCAAAAGUGAUUCAUCUUAUUGGAAGAUAUGAAGCUGAGACAAUCCUACUUGAGAUGGAUACUCCAUUCAGUGGUUGGGAGAAAAUGAAGGCUUCCUUAUUCGUAAGUGAAACUUCAGUUGAUGUUUCUGCAUCUAAAAAUGACCAAAUGAUCUCUGUUAAAGGGUCAUUACAUGUCAAACCUGAGAAAGGAACAAUCAACUUGACUAUCAACACUCCUUUUGCAGGCUAUGAAGAAAUUUCAGCAAAUUUAUCAUAUUCCUUAAGAGGACCAGUAAAGCAAAUUAAGUUAGAUUCAUCUUUUGCUAUUGGCCAGAUCACUCUUCUAGGUGUCAUUGACCUCUCCAAAGAUUUAUCUCCUAUGAUGAAGCUAGAAGCCACCACACCAUUUGAUGUUGUGAAGACUAUUGGUGGGGAAGCCACUUGGGAUUUACAGCACAUCAAGAAAACUGCUGACAUUAAGGCUUACAGAAAUGAUCGUCAGUAUCACUGGCAACUGGAAGUUUCUUCAGAAAUUCUCUCAAAAGUUCAUGUCAAAUCAGAAAUAACCACUCCUUUUGAGGGAUGGACACAUUUCCUCCUCGAAGGUAACUUUGAUUUAACUAAGAUGCCAUACAAUUUCAAGUUUUCUGUCGAUAAAGAAGGAGCUGUUCAUACAGUAGAAGGGAACUUCAAUCUUGAAGAUAAAGCAAUUGCUGUUCAACUAAUGACCCCGAUUCCUGGAUGGGAAGAUAUUAACUUCUCCGGAGAAUUUAACUGGGAGGAAAAUCACUUCACUGGUAAUUUUGAUGCUACAGUAUCUGGAGAUAAAUUCCAUCUUACCACUGACAUUCAUCUUAACACAUCCAAGCCAAAGCUUCAUAUCACUUUAGAAACUCCAAUUGCCCAGAUUUCGAAAGUAGAUCUUGCAUUUGAUUCUGAUCUGAUUGACACCAACAAAAAAUUACACCUCACAUUUACUUUGAAUGAUACCAUCUAUUCUCUUGACUUUGAGGGUGAAAUAAUCUACAAAAACGGAUAUGUUAAAAUUAUGGCCAAGUCACCAAUUCCUGGAUUCAGCUCUGCUGCUGUCUAUACUAAAUAUGAUUUUUCACAGGACAUUAAAACCGCUGAAGUUGAUCUCAAGAUAGAAGGUGAUUCAAAACACUUUUACCUUAAGACCAGUGUCCAAAAUAACAACUUCCAUAUUGAGAUUCAUACCCCAUUCCAAGGUUUUGAAUUAAUCAAGAUGAUUGGUGACUACUCAGCACAGAAUGACAAACAUACAGUUUUAGCAUCAUUUGAGAAAGACCACACAACGUAUGAUUACAAUGCAGAUGUUACUGUUACUGAUUACAGUAUAUCUAUUGGAAUUUCAACUCCAAUUGAAGUGAUGAAGAACGUGGCUGUGAGCAUAAAAUAUGAACUGUUCAAAAAUGGAGUUGAGGGCCUCCUUCACUUUGACAGGAAUGGCGAAAAUUAUGAAAUAAAAACACGUGCAAUCUUCACUCCUAUGAAGUCAGAACUUUUGGUUGGAGUUAAAACUCCAUUUGCUGACUGGGAAAAACUAACUCUUGACAUAAAGUACGAUGUUAUCUCUGAGAAGAAAGGAGCUUUAUUGUUCAUCCAGAAAGGUAGUUUUGAAAAGAAAGUUACUGCUGAUAUAGAAUACUAUUCAAUGAAAUCAGGGGCCAUAGAACUACAUCUGCCCAUUGAAGGAUAUGAAGUUCUAGGUGCCUCUUACACUCUGGACUUAGAUGAAAACAAUAACAAGUUGGAUGCCAGCCUGAAAAUGAAUCUGAAUGCUAAAACAUGGAACUUCAGCGUCCAUGGAGAAUAUGCUCCUAAUAAGAUCACCAUCAAGUUCGAGACUCCAUUUGAUGUUGUAAAGGCAAUCAUUGUAGAUGGACGCAUUGACUUCGGCCAGAAAAUUGGAUACUUGAACAUUGAAUUGGGCACAUACAAAUUCAACCUUCAUGUAUCUUAUGCAGUUCAUGACAUGGUAUUCAAACUUACAACACCAUUUGAUCUCUUGAAAAUCAUCUCCCUUGGAUUCACCUACAAAUGGACAGGAAGCCAGAAAGAUGCUACACUGAAUGUAAUUUACAAUGAAAAUAAUUAUGUUCUCAGUGGUAUUCUGAAUCUCUCCCCUCGUACUUCUGAAGUCACUCUGCAGGCAAGCUCUCCAUUCCCUGGAUUCAGUAAUGUAUCCAUGAUGAUCAAAUACGACAUUGAUAACCUUAAUGAGAUUAUUAUGUCUAAAAUGACAUCUGAGCAGUAUGAAUACUCUUUCAAACUUGGAACAGGAAUUGAAGGAACACACGCACAUCUUAACUGGGACUUCACCUCUACUUUCCCUGGAUGGAAUCACGUUCAGUUCCUUUCUAAUUUGAACUGGGCUCCUGAUCAAAAGACUUUGGAAAUAUCACUUGGCAAAGAUGAGAAUAUGAAAGCUAUAUCUGUAUCAGGACAUAUACUGGGAUUCUCUGAGGGCUCACUGAAUAUUCACACUCCAUUCAGAGGGAUGGAAGAAAUGGGAGGCUACUUCAAGUUCAUAGCAGGAGAAAAAUUAGAGGGAAAACUUGAUCUGGUUUUGCCUUUCUAUAUGAUCCCCAAAAUUGAAGGAACAGUUGACCUCGACCUUAAUGGAAAAAUUGCUGGAGAUGCUAAACUAAAUUUAGCAGGAGAGAUAUACACCAUGAGAUGCAAUCUUGUUGGUGCUUCUUUCGAAGAAGGAUAUACUGGGGACUUGAUGAUCUACACUCCAAUUCAUGCUUUAUCCAAGGUUGUUUUAAAUGGAAAUAUCAUCAUUAGUGGUGGGUCCUCUCUCCAGACUCAUAUGAAGGCUGAUAUACCAUCUGGUGUUUAUGAAGUUGAUCUGAAAGGGAAGUUUGCAUUGGGAGACUCCUCAUUUUUGCUUGAGCUAGAUUCAACACUCAUGAAUGUACAUCGCAUGUUGACUCUUGAGGCAAAAUAUCCAUCUCUUGACAACAUCGAGGGAACACUUGUCACUGUCCUGGACUCCAUGACACACAAGAUCCAUGGAAAAUUUAAUAUUGCAGCCAACCAUCUUGAGGGAGCAUUUGAUAUUGAAUCACCUUUGAUUGAUGGCAAAAGAGAAAUUUCAUUCGAUAUUACAUUCCCAAGCAGUUCUUAUCAACACUUAGCCUUUACAACAAAACUUGUUACAUCCGAAUCCCAUACACUGAAAUUGGAACUCAAUUUGCUUGAUGGAGUUGAGUUCAUUUUGGGAGCUGAUUCUCCACUUAUCAGUAAAUUCACUGCAACCAUCACAUUCAAAGCUGACACAGCUGGAAUUUCUCUUGAAACUUCAGGGGGUGUUCACAAAAUUCAAGGAUCCUGGAGAAUGACUUACCAAUUCCCUGCUGACUAUCUCUUAGCUCUUGAAGUUGUCUCUCCUCUGCUUCCCAGUGAUGUUAUUAUUAAUGCCCUUCUCAACGGUGAUAAGGCAAACAUGAUUUUCAAAGGUGAAGUAACAACAGGUGGUCAGAGGCAUGUUGUAGAGGGAUCAUAUUCCUUGGCUGAUAAGGCUAUUGAAUUUUCACUGAAUGUUGAACUUCCUUACCUGAAGAUAGCCAAAGCAACACUUGUUUCAGCUAUGAACUUCUCCAGCACAGUUAAAAUACACGUUACUGGAACAUUCAAUGAUAAGGUUAACACUUUUGACUUGGUUUAUGAAAAAGGAAGUAGCAACUUCCAAGUAGAGAUUACAUCUCCCUUCAUUCCAACUGGAAUGGUUCGAGGUGAGGGACAGAUCCAUGGAGAAAUGAUGAAAGAUAUGGAAAUAAAACUGCAACUCCAGAACAACGAACAAUCCGUUUCUGGUAUCAUGGAUGUUCAAGUCUUGUCCAAAGAUGACAUCAGAACCAAGGUGAUCAUCAACACACCGUUUGCAGGCUACAAGAAGAUGAAGUUUGGGGCACAGUACUUGAAAGAUGAAGAAAUCAAGAUGCUAAUCUUUGUUGACAAACCAGUCAAGUUCAGCACCGAGCUUCACCUUAAAAACGAUGAAGAUGAAGUCAAGAUGCACUUGGAAGUUGAAACGCCAAUUGAAAACUUCAAAAAGAUUGAAGGAGAACUUAAGAUUCCUCUUAAAGUAUUCGGUCCAAAGAUAUUAGCUGAUGUGAUGGUCGGUGAUGUCCACUAUGGAGGAAAUCUCGAAAUCAGGACAAGGGCUCCCUAUGAACUGGAUGCUGGAUUUAAGUUUAGAGACGAAUACGCUGGUAGAUUCCACAUCAGAACAGAUUCGUCUUUCUUCUCUGUUUUGGCUUAAAUGAAUACACGACUCAUCCGCGAAAACCCGUUUAUGCUACCUAGUAUUGUUUAGAUCACAAUUCAUCAGAAAAUAUAAUGUAAACAUUAAAACUGUUUCCAUCUUAUAACUAAAAUUCCUCACUUUCGAAAUCUUACAUCAAAGAGUGAAUUGAUCAGACCACAAAUCUGGUGAGUGAUCUUUUUUUAUUGUACAUAUACGACUAUAUUAUUUGCAAUAAAAAUAACAAAAAAAAAACAUUUAUC